AUGAAGGCAGCUUGUGUUUUUUUGGUGGCAAUAGUGUUGAUAACAUCUUUAGCGACGACUACUGCCGUGGCGGAUGGGAUCAAGUCGUCGCCGAGGGUGAUAACGUGCCGGCGCGGGGAGCUGCCGACGAAGCUGGCGAUGUUGUGUUGGAAGGCGAUCUUCGAGGUGCCCUUCUGCGUCUUCGAGAUAGUUAAAGUGUACGAAGGUGGGUCGGUGUUCGACAUCGGGAAGCCUUGUUGCCGGGCGUUCGUCGACCUCUCCGACGACUGCAGGAUCGAGGUGUUCCAGCACUCCAAGUUUUUCCCCGUCAUUGAGGGAUUCUGUAAAGCCGUUAUUGGCGCCGGACCUAUCGGCGGCGGUGGCGUCGUCCGAGCUCCGCCUCCACAUCAUCAUCAUCAUUAA